UCAAAUUCUCUAUAGUCUUGAGGUCUGUCUCCCCUGACCUGGUGGACUACUGGGUCCAAACUCCGAUGAGGAAGUGUUCCGGCGUGAUCUUCAUCAUCUCGCUCGCCGCUCUGCUCUUCCUCCUCUCGCCGUCUCCCUUGGCCACCCACCAUCCCGCCACCACCGCCGCCGGCCCAAUCGCCUACAUCCUCCCCUCCGUCCCGGGUCUCUCGGGUCUUUACCCACCCCCCACCAACUCCACCUCACACCUCUCCUGGCGCCUCCUCCGUCCCAUCCUUUCACGCUCUGAUGCGAUCCCCGGCACUGCCGCGGGGGUACUCGAGGCCGCCCACGCCUGGCGCAACCUCACCGUCGCCGUUGCGGUGGCGGCAGCGGCAGCAGCAACUCGCAGCAAUCCAGAGGCGCUCGACGCGAACUGCCGGGCCUCCGUGGAUGGGGAUCUGCGCACUCGUGGGGUCAAGAUCCCGUGCGGACUCACGGAGGGCGCCGCGGUGACGGUGGUGGGGGUGCCCAAGCAAGGAGCGGCCGGGUUCCGGGUGGAGAUGGUGGGAGGAGGCGGCGAGGUGGUGGCGUGCUUCAAUGUCAGCCUGGGGGCUGCUGGGAUGGUGGUGAAGCAGAGUUCUUGGACGCCUGAGGGCGGGUGGGGUGGGUGGGAGCGGUGCCCGCCGCUUGGUGACAUUGGCAGCAAUACCAGUUGGCAACUGAGUCCGGUCGAUGGCCUUGUUCGUUGCAAUCAGCAAGUGGGUACAAAUGUCAUCCAGGGGAGUAAUAAUACCACACAGAAUGUUACUUUGAACCAGCCUGAAGAUGAGAAGAGACCAAAAGGACGUGCACAUUUCAGUGGUAGCUUCUCAAUUGUCGAAGGAGAGCCUUUUACAGCAACACUAUGGGCUGGUGCUGAAGGGUUCCAUAUGACAGUAAAUGGGAGGCACGAGACAUCGUUUACAUACAGAGAGAGGUUGGAGCCAUGGUCAGUAGCAGAAGUCAAGGUCUCUGGGGAUUUGGAGCUCCUAUCAAUCUUGGCUAAUGGAUUGCCAGUUUCAGAAGAUGUAGACAUGGCAAGUGUUGAGCUUCUAAAGGCCCCACCUCUUCCAAAGAAGCGGAUUUUUCUUCUUGUUGGCGUUUUCUCUACUGGAAACAACUUCAAGCGCCGGAUGGCUAUGAGGCGAACAUGGAUGCAAUAUGAGUCUGUCCGCUCAGGCGAAGUAGCUGUGCGGUUUUUCACUGGCCUUCAUAAGAAUGAGCAAGUCAAUAUGGAACUAUGGAGAGAAGCUCAGCUGUAUGGUGAUAUCCAGCUUAUGCCAUUUGUUGACUACUAUACUUUGAUCACUCUAAAGACCAUUGCAAUUUGCAUGUUUGGGACUAAAAUUAUGCCUGCAAAGUACAUCAUGAAAACAGAUGAUGAUGCUUUUGUUAGGAUUGAUGAGGUCAUCUCUAGCCUGAAGAAGAGGGACCCCCAUGGGCUUUUGUAUGGUCUUAUUUCUUACCAGUCUUCACCACACAGAAACAAGGAUAGCAAAUGGUUUAUCAGUCCAAAGGAAUGGCCUGUCGAAAUAUACCCGCCAUGGGCUCAUGGUCCCGGAUAUGUAAUAUCAAGGGACAUUGCAAAAUUUGUCGUUCGAGGUCAUGAAGAACGAAUACUUCAGCUAUUCAAACUCGAAGAUGUGGCUAUGGGCAUAUGGAUCCAGCAAUACGAAGACAGCGGUCAGAAAGUGAACUAUGCAAACGAUGAGCGCUUCUACAACGAAGGAUGUGAUACUGAUUAUGUCCUUGCCCACUAUCAGACCCCGAGGCUUAUGAUGUGCCUGUGGGAGAAGCUUCAGAUGGAAUCUCAACCAGUAUGCUGUCAAUAACUGAUGCAUCAGGACUACCAAGUAUGUGAUAGAUUAGUCUUGUUGUUGUACAAUUUAUUACCACGAAUUUUAUGUUUGUUCGGGCUCUGCUGUAAUAGUUGUAAGUUGUAACAUAUUAGGUGUUCAUCAUUCAUUUGUUCUGAUCAAUGGUUUCAGUUUCACAGAAGAAAACGUUGAUCCAUGCAUAUUGAUGUCAUUUAAAGA